GUCAACGUAUUCUUCCCUUUGUGUGAGCUACACAUUGGUGCAACUUAGCAGUUUGGAGGAGUUACAGCACCGAUGGAGAACAAAGUUGCGAUUGACUUGUCUGAGAACUUUGCCAAGAUUGAUGAAGCUGGUCUUUUUGAAAAUGCUGCGACAGAUUCAACAAGUGCAUAUUAUGUAAAGAACAUGGAGCUAGCAGAAAAGGAGGAUGAUGUAAUGACUAGAAAAACUCUAGUAAAGAUGAGAAGCUUUGAUCUAAAUAAGGAAUCACAGAAGGAAAAACCUAUGCGCAAAACUAAGUCAUUCAGUUCUCACCUGUUACUAAAUAUUGAUGAAUUGAUUAACCGUGUCGCUGGCAGCUUUGAGGGGACGAGUACAUUUUUAAGUAAUUCCGACAGCGAUGAUGAAAUACGCUUCCUCUCAUCCAUUUAUGAAUCGUCAUUGCCUCCAGAAAGUGUGACUGAUGUUAUAACACUAAGAAAUCCCAGAUCAGGUGUAUCCUCCCCAACUGGUGAGGAGGAUUCUGAUUCAUGCAGUUGGAGGAAAAUACAGAUUGAGCCUCCAUUUCGCAUUUAUCUGAAGUUUGAAGAUGUAAAUCACAAAGUAAAGUUGAAGGGAAACAGGAACUCAGGUGUAGAGAAAAGCAUACUGCAAGGGGUAAGUGGUUCAGUAUGCCCUGGAGAAGUUCUUGCUCUCAUGGGACCUUCAGGGGGUGGCAAAACCACUCUACUGAAUGUUCUCAGUGGGAGAGUGAAGAAUAGUGGAGGAACCAUUACUUACAAUGAUCAGUUAUACACGACAUCGUUGAAGCACAGGAUUGGAUUUGUCCUGCAAGAUGAUAUUGCGUUUCCUCACCUGACGGUGAGGGAGACGUUAACUUACUCUGCGUUGCUUCGUCUUCCCAACACAUUGUCGAGAGAACAGAAGAAAGCAAGGGCAAUGAGUGUCAUCUCAGAGCUAGGCCUCGAAAGGUGCCAAAACACAAUGAUUGGUGGAACGUUCGUGCGAGGAGUGUCGGGAGGAGAAAGAAAACGAGUAUGCAUUGGCAAUGAAAUUCUGCUCAAUCCUUCACUUCUUUUCUUGGAUGAACCAACGUCUGGCUUGGAUUCCACCACAGCCCUUCGUAUCAUUCAGAUGCUCCGUAACAUUGCUCAGGCUGGGAAGACAGUGGUGACCACAAUACAUCAGCCCUCGAGUAGACUAUUCAGUAAAUUCGACAAGUUAAUUCUCUUGAGCAAUGGAUGCUCAUUGUACUUUGGAAAAGCCUCAGAAGCAAUGUUGUACUUUUCAUCCAUCGGCUGCUCUCCGCUUACUGCUAUGACUCCAGCAGAGUUCCUGAUUGAUCUUGCCAAUGGUAAUAUUAAGGACAAGUCCAUUCCUUCAGAGCUGGAGGAUAAGUUUUUACCUGGAGGUGAAUGUUUCGAGUGUAAAGAUGGAGGGCCUUCACCUGUUGAUGUCCAUGAGUAUCUUUUGGGGGCUUAUGAAUUACGAGCUUCUAACAUGGAGAAAAUACGAAUAGGUAGACCUGUUAUCAUCACUCAGAAUAGGCGUAGCGCAGAAGAAUGGGGAGCAACUUGGAGUGCACAGUUCUCUAUUCUCUUUCAAAGAGGCCUCAAGGAGAGGCGCCACGAGUAUUUAAGCACCGUUCGAGUUGUUCAAGUCAUAUCAACAGCAGUUAUUGUGGGAUUACUUUGGUGGAAUUCAGAUGCUUCAUCGACCAUGAGAGUUCAAGAUCAGGCAGGACUACUGUUCUUUAUUUCAGUAUUUUGGGCCUUCUUUCCAGUUUUUACAGCCAUUUUCACAUUCCCACAAGAGAGGACAAUGUUGGCUAAGGAGAGAUCAGUCGGCAUGUACAAACUCAGCGCGUAUCUUAUAGCCAGAAACACCAGUGAUCUUCCUUUGGAUCUCCUGUUGCCCAUUGUAUUCCUUACAAUCAUCUAUUUCAUGGUCGGACUGAAGCUGACGUUACCUGCCUUUUUCCUAACUCUCCUUUCCAUUUUUCUCAGCAUUAUUGCUGCUCAGGGAUUAGGACUAGCCAUAGGUGCAGCGUUCAUGGACGUUAAGAAAGCAACGACAUUAGCUUCCAUUACUGUCAUGGCAUUCAUGUUAUCUGGUGGUUUCUUCAUUAAGAAAGUCCCUCGGUUUAUGUCCUGGAUUCGGUACGUAUCUUUGAACUACCACACAUACAGGUUACUUUUGAAAGUUCAGUACAGUUGCGUAGGAGGGCCACCAAGAUCAGUAAUUUGCGACUCUGCCUUCAUCAAGGCAGAAAGGCUUGGCUACGGUGGAACUGAAGCUGCAGCGAUUUUGGCGAUGAUUAUAGGGUACCGGAUGCUGACCUAUAUACUCCUCAGAAGAAUGAAACUACGGAACGAGGCAUAAUAACCUCUCAUUCAGAUACCAAAAGUUGGCAGCUCCACUGAUGUUAUUUCCAUUUCCUCAUCUUCCUAAAUAAUCAGAGUUGGUAACUUUUUCUGCUUCAAAAUAAUCUAUUCAACAGUAAUCGGAUGCAUUGUUCAUGAACUACAAGCCAGAAGCAGUUGAUCAAUGAGCAGACCACAUGAAUUUCGCUGAUUUUCUUUCUUUCCAUCAAAGCUGAAUAACUUAUUGCAACAUUAAUCAACCUAACCACACCAUCAAAUUUUACUUGAUCAUCCUUCGUUUAAAUGCAUCCUC